UUCCAACAUCUUUAACGGAUGCCGCGUUGUUGUCACGUUUAUGAGUAAACAAGACAUUCAGCUCAUUAUCAGUCUUUGACACCUCUAAACAACGAGCUAGACACGGUAUCGUUCAGCAAAGACUAGCUAGCUAAAUCCAUCUCUUCUGCAGCUGGACACCAAUAACCGACAUGAGAGGAUCCAGCUCCGCCAGUUCCAGAAGAAGCCACCGCCGGUACCACACCACGGCCCCCAACUCCCAGGUGGAUGAAACCCUGUUUGGCAGCCCAAACCCGUUGGACAAACGUGGAAGCUUAGCCACCAGUGCUCCAAAGAAUCAGCCCCAGAAGAAACAAGAAGGAGAGACUAUUCAAUUAGUCACCAAAGACCUCAUCCGCAAUCUCAGGAUCCCAUUUAAGGAUCCUUCAGGAGAGUCCAUCAUACUCCCAUUAUCUGAGUUUGAGCGGAUCACGUCAACGUCCCGGGUUCUCACCAAGGAGGAGAGGGAGGCCCUGAAGGAGGCUUAUCAGAGAAAGAAAGAUGAGGAAAUUAGAGCUACAGAGGAAAGGAAGCGUCAAAUCCAUGAAGCAGACCUGUCCCGUAAGGAGAACAAGGCACUGACCGAGCUGGAGCUAGAGGCCCGGGACCGAGCGCAGGCAUUGUUGGAGCGGGCCAACGCCUUAAGGAUGGAGCAAGAGGAGGAGAUCAAACAGUUCAACUUGCUGAUUCUGGGUGCUCAGUGUCAAGCCACACGGGACUUCCAGAUCCAUGAGAAGAAACAGAUCCAGGCGGAGUUGUCAGAGGAGGAGAAGCGUCUGGAUGCCGGGAUGGAAGUGGAGCGCCGCAAGGCCUUGGAGACCGUGGAGCAGAUUGAUGAGCUGCGCAAACAGCAGAGGAUCAGGGGAAGGCAGCAAAUUUGCGACCAGAUCCAGCAACAUCUGGAGGAGAAGCAAAUGGAAGACGAGGCGAAAGAGCAGGAGAAACAGCAGACACGAGAGAAGCUGGAGAAAAUGAACCUGGAAGACCUCAAGGCCCUGGAGAAGAAGAGGGAGGAGCAGCAGCGUCUGCAGGAGGAGAUCAUGAGUAUGAAUACCAAGGCCGUGCGGGCCAAGGAGCAGAGGAGAGAGGAGGAGAAGCUGGCUGACCUGAGAGAUAAGGAAUACACAAGAAAGAAAAUGGAGCGAGACGCAGAACAUGAAGAAGAGCAGAGACGAAUCAAGAAGGAGAAGGAGUUGGAGAUUGCCAGGCUGAGGGCUCGGCAAGAAAAGGCAAAAGACUACAAGGCAGAUCAGGAUGAGCUCCGAGCUCGGAGGAACCAAGAAGCCUCAGACAGAGAGUGGAGGAGAAAAGAGAAAGAGCUGAGUGCAAAGAAGGGGCAGGAGAAAGAGGUGCUGAUGGCGGCUCUCAUGGAGCAGAUUCACUGCAAAGACCACCACCUGUCGAUCGAGGCCGGCCGGGAGAAAGCAGAGUUUGAGAGGGUGCUGAAGGCGCAACAGGAAGCCAUCAUCAAACAGAAGGAGGAAGAGGAGAAGCAGCGUCAGAAAGCACUACGUCACGCAGAUUCCAUCCGAACUCAGGUGAAGGAACACGUGAUCUCAGCCAUGGCGAAGCGCAGAGAGACCUUCAAGGAGGCCGACCAGAUGAUGGAGGAAGCCCGGCUGAGACGCAUACGCCUUGAUGAGAUCAAAGAGAGGAAGCUGAAGGAGCUCAAAGCUACAGGGCUCCCUGAAAAAUACUGCAGUGAAGUGGAAAGGAAGGGUCGGACCUGUGCUCUCUGAUUCACUCACAACUGGAUUCAAAUACUGCACAUUUUACAGGGUCUCAUUUAAGCAGGAAGAACACGUUUCAAGCACUAAUGUAACUUGAACAUAUAUAAGAAUGUACCAAUAAAUGUUUCUAUUGCACUUUA